UCUUGUGCCGGAGUUUCUAGCUCUUCACGACUAAUUGAAUGCACUCAAAGCAAAGUAAGAAAACGAGAACAAGAAGGGGUGUAGCGUAUCUCUCUGAUUCUACCAUAUCAGCACAUUGUCGCAGUAGCAGCCAAUGGAACACGCUGUCAAGUGAAGUGGUUAUGUUUUGUGAUGCAGGCACCUACGCGUCGCCAAGCACUGGGACUUCUGGUAAUAGGCUAUUUACGCAACCUCGAAUAACCGAGUCCUGCUCUGGGCAGAUGACGAGGGAUAUUUUUGGUGAAAGUCAGGGCUGUCAUAACGGAUAUCGGGAAGCUGGGAGUUGGAGGUGAUUAACACUGUGGACAUAAUCAUUUGACCUCACUAAGAAACCUCCUCAGCAGCCAAAGUGUCAACCAUACAUCCUGCUCACUGAAGCGCUAUUCCAAGAGAGUGAUGUGGACUUUGUUUGGGACUAUUCAUCAGUAAAGCUGACUGUAGAAGUAGCAGUCCUCCCUGAUCACCAGACCUGAUUUGACUAUUAAUAGUUUAGCCCAGCCAGCCAGCCUGGUUCCUUCUCCCUGUGUCUGAUUCAGAGAGGAGCUCUGCCCAGCCUCUUCUCCCCACCACCUCCCCUCACGUUGUUGCAGGAGCUGAGUCUCUGCUGCCCAGGGAGGGCUCCCGACAUGUCCACCAAGGCGCCCAUCUAUCUGAAGAGGCGGAGCAGGAAGGGGAAGAAGGAGAAGCUGCGGGACAUCCUCUCCUCGGACAUGAUCAGUCCUCCGCUGGGGGACUUCCGCCACACCAUCCACAUCGGCAGCGGCGGGGGGGAGGACGACCUGUUUGGGGACCUGUCCUUUCUGCAGGGGAAGUUCCACCUUCUCCCUGGGCAGCAGGGCCACAGCCUGUCCCAGCGCUCCUCCAUGUAUGCAGAGCCCUUCCAGUUCAGCCGUACUGCCAGCGUCAGCGGAUACACGGCCUCCUCAGAGAGCUCCCCCCUGCUGAAGAACGCCCUCUCUCUGCCAGUCAUCGAAGGAGUGCAGGCCAUCACCCUACCAGUCACCUUUGCACCCUCUUCCGCCCGCCCCCAUCCGCCUCAGAACGCGCCCCCUCCACCCAAACCUCCCCGACUGCACCUGGAUGACAAGAUCCUGAUGUCCCAUCACCCAGGCCUGGACUCCUCUUCUCCCUCGGCACAGUCUCCCAGCAGGACGUCCCAGUUCUGCCCGCCCUCCCCCAGGUUGUCAUCAGACGAGGAUGUGUGUAUCCAGGACCCCUAUCUGGAUGAUGGGGGCCAGGAGCGCCCCUACCUGUCCCACGCAGGCUCCCUGCUCUCCCUACACCUGGACCUGGGCCCCUCCAUCCUGGACGACGUGCUGCAGAUUAUGGACAGCCAGCGCCUCAGUGGCUUCAACGGAACCUGUCUGCAGGGCGCGAGGCAGGAGCUCUACACCUGACCAUGGGAAGCCCUCGGCCCUCUGUCCCUUUACUGACCUUCUUAGUGUAUAAGAGGAGGUUCUGACCUCAACCAAGCCUUGCUGGAUUACAAGGCUGGGUUUGUACAGUAGUACGCUCAUAUGAAGUGCUUUUUUCUGGAACUUAACUUCAGUUGCUGUUUAAUUGAUAUUGAAUAUCUUUCUACACUUUUCCAUGUGAAUUACUUAAUAUAGUAAGUAAGAAAUUAAGUGACAUGACAUGAGCCAAAAGCUGACACUGUUAAAUCUCCUCUACCCUUCCUCCAAAGAGGAAAUGAAGAAACUGGUGAAAGAAUAUACUGCUGGACAGGAACUGAGGUCAGCAUGUAUCUGACUGGGAUCAUAUUUCUCAGUGGGAGUGAUAUGGUAUUGUAAAACCUGAAGGUUGCUGUUUGAUCUUUUUUUUUUACUGCACCUGAGCUGUAGACUACUGUCCGUGCUCCUGAGAUCACAGUUUGGUGUCUGUGUCACACAGAUUUAUCCAGCUUACAAAGCUAUUCUGGAACUGACAUUCUAUUCAGUCCCUACUUGGUUUGGUUGGGGACAUAUGAUCAAAGACACAUUUAUGGAAAGAUGAACUAUACAACAGUGAGGGUGUCAUAUCUUCAAGGACAAAGAGCCAGAGUGGUAGAGGAGGUCACCUCCCUGAGUCAGCUGUCUCAUUUUCCAGCUUUUGUUAUUUUUAAUGCAAGAAUGUGAAAGCUGUAACUUUGUAUCAGGAGAGACAAUGAGUGUUGGAGAGUUCAGUUCCAUAUCUGUUGACUUUCAAGCAGAUCUCAGAGAGCUGCUUUUACUGGCCUUCAUGCUCUGGUAAUUGAGAUGUUGGACACGUUUGGAGUAGUGUUACGUUUUCAUUCUCAACCUGAGACCGCUCAUAAGGAGAUUAUCUCACCGCUGUAGCCCUCCAAGUUUCCUUGUGUUGCUCAAACUAUCUCUGUAACAACACAGAGAAGUUCAGAAUCAGACUUUUACCAAUGUUAUUUGGAAUUCUUGUUAAAAGAUACAGAUAUAGGAUUUUAAUUUGAGCCAAUUUGCUGCAACAGGAAAUGUGAAUUAUUAUGUGGAUCAUAAUUCAUGGACAUUCUUGUAGGGGUUGAUACAUUUUUCAAGUCUGAAAUUUCUAAGUGGAAAUUACAAACUAAUACAAUACAAGGUAGAGUUGCCAGAUCACCAUGUGCUUCAAUUUUUGUAAUUUCAAUAUUAUAUUAAUUAGAAUGUAGCAAUCAACUGGAUAAUAAUGGGUUAUGAUUCUUCAUAAACCCAAUAAUAAAUGCAUGAUUAUUUGCACCCAGAGGUGCAUGGAUUCACUUUAACAUUGUAGAAAAUAUUUUGGAUGUGAAACAAUAGAUAAUAUAAUUUAGAACAUACAUUGGUUCUUUGAUAACGGUGGACCAAUGAUGGUCAGGUUUACCUUGAGGAUGGACCAAUGGCACAAAACGUUGGAUUCCCCGUUAAGACAUUAUACCAAGCAGAGAUACCAUAUUGUAGGAAAACAGACUACAUUUAUGCAUAAAGCUUAACAAUAUAAUUAUAGUCUCAUAUUAGAUUACAUUUCUUGAUACUUUACAUUGACAAACUCACUAAAGCACUAUAAACCCAUUCCUGCACAAUAAAAUGUUAACAUUUACAAUAAAUCUGUUGGCAAGCAUUGUAACAGCAUAGUUCCAUGAAUUACACCUUUUAAACUGCUCUAUCAUUUAUAUGUUUACUUUUGGAUAUCAACUCAUCAGGACAUAUCUAUCAACAUAUAAUGUUAUUACUCCAUAAAAUCCACCCUGUGCAUGGUUUAUGUGAUUUCUAAAUCAGCUGGAAAAGCACUUGGACUCCAUAGCUGACAUGUUGGGAAGAGGACUGUAUUAAUAGACAUAUGCUUCAACUCAGAGAGAGAGGAUCUACUGCAGCGGAGUCUGUCCUGAGCCCGAGCCUGGUCCAGACACUGGAGCUGUCCUGCUGACCGUGGCCAGGCCAGGAUGGUGUUACGUAAGGCUGUGUCUGUUUACUCUGGAGCUCUGCUGACAGACAUGCAGCCAGCCCCUCAGUACAGUACACCAGCCUCUCCUGCAUCGUGGAGGACUGUUGACGGACUGAUGUUGACACUAAUAACCUUCCCUGGCUCCUCCAACUGCUAUUAAUCAUGAUUUUUACAAUCUAGUUAGUCGUAUACUGUACAUAAUGACUUUAUGUGAACAUACUUUGGUCUUCCUUUUUUAAGCUGUGAUAUAUGGUAUGCCUCCUACGGUAAUUGAACUCAAGUUAUUUUGGCAUGUUUCACAUUGUAUCUAUCUACUUGUCCUGACCUCCAAGUAGCUGUUGGUUGUUUUAGAAAGGGGUUGCAGCAUACAGAACCAAACACACUCCUGAAUUUGUCUUCUUCAUUACGUUUAUCAUAGUUGUUAUGGCACUGGCUUUGCUAAUAUCGGAAUCACCAGAUAUGAGGCUACACGCAGGGAACUAUAGGCAUCAAACUUAUCCAAGUUUUGUAGACGUCUAUUACAUCAUAACCUUUGCUAAUCUUCAAUUUUUGCACAAUAUUUAUGUGUUUGAUGAUGACUUAUCGUGCUGCUACGAAUUGGCGUAUUUUACGUGCUGGGACAAAUUAUUUACUGGCAUCACAAAAAUGAUUACAAGCUGUAAAGGAAUAAAUGCAAUGUUAUGGUUAGAAUAAAAUUGAAUUCCUUGUUUUGUC